AUGAAAAAGUCGGAGGUAGAGGUGACUGAAAGGUCAAUCUUUGUACGUUCUGCAUCGAGCAUUCGUCAGUUUUCUGAUAAGUUAGAUGCGUUAGGUGUUGAAGCGCGUGGUAUCCAGCGUAUCCAGCCGUAUGAGCGUGGCACCGCUAAACAGUUUUGGCAUGUUGCUGGGUUGUGGUUGAGUGCAGCUGGUGGGCUUUCUUCUAUGUCGUCAUACUUCCUUGGUCCAAUGGUAUUCCAACUUACGUUUAACCAAUGUCUUGUGAGUGGAUUGAUAUCGAUGUGGAUCGGCUGUGGGGUUGCAGCUUACUGUUCUGUAAUGGGUCCACAAUCUGGUUGUAGACAAAUAGUUACUGCUCGUUAUCUGUUCGGUUGGUGGUUUGUGAAAUUUAUUGCCUUGGCUGCGAUUGUCGGUGUUAUGGGCUGGUCCAUUGUGAACUGUGUUGUUGGAGGACAAAUGCUAGCUAGUGUUAGUGACGGUAAGGUUCCACUUUGGGUUGGUAUUAUCAUUGUUACUGUGGUAUCGUUGCUUGUUUCCAUUUUUGGUAUCAAGCAGGUUUUAAAAGUAGAGACUCUGUUUGCAGUGCCCGUGCUAACUAGUUUCCUGUUGUUGUACAUCUCAGCAAGUGACAAGUUCAAGUACUUGUACGAAUUCAGUAAUAGUGACAUUGAUUCACUGACUGUGAAAGGUUGCUGGUUAUCCUUCUUUUCUUUGUGUUACAGUAUCACAUCAACUUGGGGUUCCAUCACAGCAGAUUACUAUAUCUUGUUCCCCGAGGACACUCCUCAGAUUCAAGUCUUCUUAUUGACAUUUUUCGGAACUGCGGUACCAACCACUUUCGUUGGUGUAUUGGGUCUUCUACUGGCAUCAUGUUCACUGUCCUACGAACCUUGGCAAGCUGCAUAUGAUGAAUAUGGGAUGGGUGGUCUCAUGAAUGCUGGUUUCUCUCGUUGGAAUGGAUUUGGGAAAUUUUUGGUCGUUGUAUUGAUCUUAUCUUUAAUCUCGAAUAAUAUUGUUAACACAUACUCUGCAGCAUUCUCCAUCCAAUUAUCAAGUGUGAUGUUAGCCAAGGUGCCUCGUUGGAUCUGGGCUAUCGGAUGUACCAUCUUUUACCUCGUAUGUGCGCUAGUAGGUAGAAACAGUUUUUCCACCAUCUUGGGAAAUUUCCUACCUAUGAUUGGUUACUGGAUUAGCAUGUACUUCAUCUUACUCGUGGAAGAGAACGUCAUCUUUAGAAACUGGUUCCACCAUCUAUAUAAAUUGGAAUUCCCCAAUGACAUAGAAGUGAAACCACAUCAUAAACUAAGGAAAUUACCAAGGCACAUCCACAGGUACAACUGGGAUGAAUGGGACAACUCUGAAGUCAUCACAAGAGGAUUGGCUGCAUCCGCUGCGUUCUGCAUCGGUGUUGCUGGUGUGGUACUUGGAAUGUGUCAAACGUAUUACGUGGGGCCACUUGCCGCAAAGAUUGGCGAGUAUGGCGGAGAUUUAGGUAUGUGGCUCGGUAUGGGUUUCGCAGGAGUAUCAUAUCCACCACUAAGGUACUGCGAACUGAAGAAAUUUGGCAGGUGA